AUGGCUACUUCAGCCUCUGUCGAGGCACAACCAGAGGGAACGGAGAACAAGCUGAGAAAUACGACGAGCAGGGAGAGGAAAACAUCGAGACAGGAGCGUUUGGAUCAGAUUUUCGAUACGGCGAGAGCGAGGAAGUUGAAAUUGGAUCAGGAUCAAGGUUCGGGGGGUCUGCGAGAACAAGGAGAGGAAGACGAUCCGUUAUCUGGGUCUGGAUGUGGAUCUGCGAGCUCGGCGAAGAUGGAUACGGCAGCGGCAGCAGACAACAGCAGUAGUGCGGAUGAAGAGACGUUUGUUUUUCGUCAGCGAAGUGGAGGGGAGACGAUGAAUUACCAGAGCACGGCUGUGCAGCCGAGACCAGCGUUAAGGAAGGAGGGGAGCAGUAGGAAUAACCAUCCGAGCACGACGGCGAUUAGGAGGAGGGGAAGGACGCACGAUCCGAGGACGGAGGGCGAGCAUGACGAUGAGGAUGAGCGGGAGAGUUGGUGGGUGCGGACGUUGAGUAAUUAUGGGAGUUUGGAGUUGGAGAAUAAGGGGAGUGUUGCGAGGGAUCAUUUGGCGCUUGAACGUACAUUUCUCGCCUGGCUCCGAACUUCCCUCGCUUUUGCAUCAAUUGGGAUAGCGAUCACCCAACUCUUCCGUCUAAACACGACAGCGGCGUCGAACGGCGGAGACGAUCCGUAUAAACACCUAAGGCAGAUGGGUAAACCGCUGGGGGCCACGUUCCUGGCGAUCAGUAUCGUGAUGCUGGGCGUGGGCUUCCAUCGGUAUUUCGAGAGCCAGUAUUGGAUUAUCCGUGGCAAGUUUCCGGCGAGUCGGGGGAGCGUGGCGUUGGUUGCUGCCAUUACGUUUGCGUUGAGCGUGACGAGUUUGGUGAUUGUUAUUGUGGUUGAGCCCGGGCAGUUUGAGAGGAAAUAG